AUCGUAUUUGAUCGGUGGAUUGAGGUAGGACUUCUGGAUGCAGAAGCCGCCCAGCGAUCUCUGGCAGCAGCAAUCUGGCUCCGAACCAGCCUGGAUCGACUACUUAAACUGAAGCUGGCUGAAUCCCAGGCACGCCGACUAAAAGUGUCAGACGAGGACAGCGGAGGCGCUGAAGGACUUAGCGGCGCCGGCGAUAACACGUUGGAUACGUCAAAACCCGCGAGAGACGCUCGUGCUCUAGAAUGUCGACGCCUGCAGCGUCUUCUGUGUGAGCACCUAGCAGCUUUUCUGGGUCGCAAUGGCGGCGGCCUUCACACCCUCAAGAAGCUACACGCGGCGGACGUUAAGAAACUGUUUGUGCAGUCUAAGUCCGAUGCGACAGCCGCAGCUUCUGCGAAAGCUGACCACGUUCAUUUGAAUCCAGAGAAGGGCGGCUACCAAGUCACGCCCUACUUAACCAUCGACUCCUUAGAGCUAGCUCUUCGCUUGCACGCACAAGUAGCUUUGGCACUUGAAGCUGGACAGGGCGCCCGGAGAUCGGGCCCAACUGUUGACGAGUCCCUCUUGUCGUCCGCUGACGCUUUCGCCUAUCCUAAGCAGGAGGAGGCAGUUGGAACUGGGAGCCAAGAAGGCGAGGAAGAAGAAUAUGAGGAUUAUGAGGACGAUGGCAUGGCAGAGAAGAAGUGCCCACAAUGCGGCAAACGCCUGCCCACAAACGCCUCCACGGCCGAUCUCCUUCGACAUAAGAAGCGUUGUUCUACGCGAGGUCAAUGA